AUGAGCGCCAUCCUCUCCGCCGACGACCUGAACGAUUUCAUCUCGCCAGGCGUCACCUGCAUAAAGCCCAUCGAGACGCUACCCGCCGCGCCGACGGCGUCGGAGAACGAAGUCAUCCUCGACGGACAGCACCCUGCAUCUUUGACGCCGGCUUCGGCCGCCCAGAUUUCCCUCACCGACUGCCUCGCCUGCUCCGGCUGCGUCACCUCGGCCGAGGCAGUGCUGGUCAGCCUGCAGAGUCACGCCGAGGUGCUCUCGACGCUCGACGGCGCACCCGCGCUACGCGUACGUCCUUCGGCAGCAAGCGAGAGCGGCUUCGCCGUCGACGGACUCGAGAAUGAAGAUUCGAAGCUGUUUGUCGCGAGCGUGAGCCCGCAAACGAGGGCGAACCUGGCGGCGGCGUGCGGAGGAGGUGCGUCGGAGCGAGAUGCCGGCCGCAUGCUGGAAACCCUGCUCGGCGGUCCGUCGGGGCUGGCUGCCGGAGGGAGGUGGCGGAACGGCUUCACGUGGGUGGUCGACACCAACGUCGCGCGGGAAGCGACGCUCGUCUUGGCAGCUGACGAAGUGCUCGCCUCCGCCGAGACCGGCCGGCCCGUCCUCUCGCGGCCCAUCCUCGCCUCGUCAUGCCCCGGCUGGGUCUGCUAUGCCGAAAAGACGCACCCCCACGUGCUCCCUCACCUUUCCAGGGUCAAGUCGCCCCAGGCCCUGAUGGGGACCCUGCUCAAGACGGUCCUGAGCCGGAGGCUAGGCAUACCGCCGAGCAGGAUAUGGCACCUGGCCGUCAUGCCGUGCUUCGACAAGAAGCUCGAGGCGAGCAGGGAGGAGCUCACCGACGAGGUCUGGGCCGGCGCCGGCCUGCCGGGCAGGGGCGUCCGCGAUGUCGACUGCGUCAUCACAAGCAAGGAAAUCGUCAUGCUCGCCGAAUCGAGAGGGAUAAACUUCCUUGACAUUCCUAGAAGCGAAAGCUCGACGGCCGCACCCGUGCCGUUCCCGGACCCGAGGCUGCAGGCCUUUCUGUUCCCCCCAAACGGCACCCGCAACCCGCCCCGCGCGGCCGGCUCCUCGGGCGGACUGCUGCAUCACAUCCUGCAACGCAGGGCCUCGCAAACGCCCGGCGCCAACGUCCAGAUGAUGCGCGGCCGCAACGCCGAUGUCGUCGAGUUCGUCGUCGUCGUCGACGGGGAAACCGUAUUCAAGGCGGCGCGGUACUACGGAUUCAGGAAUAUCCAAAAUCUCGUCCGGAGACUGAAGCCUGCGCGGCCGUCUCGCAUGCCCGGCGGACGGCCGUUUGGAAGCGCGCGGAGACCGUCCGGGAAGACGGCGUCUCUCGAAUAUGGCUAUGUCGAGGUCAUGGCGUGCCCGGGGGGCUGCACCAACGGUGGCGGCCAGAUCAAGGUGGACGACCGUCUCGUCGCCGAGCGCAAGCACCUGUCCGGCAAGCCCGGUCCGCAGGAGCACAAGAGCUGGCUCGAGGAAGUAGAUGAAGCAUACUUCUCCGCCGACGAGAUGACGGGGGAUGAGGUUGUGGUAUCGGGGGAUGUCGUGGGCGGCAUCUCCCGGUCAUACAUAAAUGAUACCCUGGCGUACUGGGCCGACAUGACGGGCAUUGGUCUGGAAAGGCUGGCACUCACGAGCUUUCGCGAGGUGCUCGGCAGCGUCGGGAAGGACGACGUCUCCGACGCGGACAAGGUUGUUCAGCUGGCUGGCAAGAUAGGCGGCGGGUGGUAG